AUGUUCACUUCAAGAAAAAAGGCAGUGUGGCGAUUGUACCGUCGAGUAAAUCAAGAGAAAGCUGAGUGCAUCUUAUGCGCCAAAUUGAUUGGGACCGUCGACCACAACACAAGCGGUCUUAAUAAACAUGCUCAACGGUUCCAUAAGGAUCAUCUUGAGGAAGUAUGCUCUGUUUCUUUGCGUUCCUAUCCUCCGAUUUCAGGCCGAGAGAGCCCACGACCGUGAUGCCGCGCUUGCUUCAAAAAGUCCGUCGUUCCUGCUCUCUCUGUGAGUUAUUCUCACAAACUAUAAGGCGAUAAUAAUUGUUGUAGAGCCGUAGCCACGUCUGGGAUUCCGUUCUCCUUCGUCGAAAACUAUUAUUUCGGUGAAUUCAUAAAGUCACUUGGCGGAAAUGUGGUUCUCACGGGAGAGGUUGUCAAAAGAGAAAUCGUUCAAGCUGCAGAUGAAUCCAAAAUCCAAGUCGAGCGGUUAUUGAAAGAUAAAAAGGUUUGGAAAUGAAUCUAAAUGCUCAGCGUACUAUUUACUUGCAGAACCUGGUUAUCACAUUCGAUGGCUGGACAUCCAAGUGCUCCGAUUUCCAUGUGUUUGCGGCUUUCGUCAUGUUUGUCAACAAUGAUUUUGAACGAGAGAUCCGAGUAUUUCAAUGAUAUUGUUUUCAUUAGAACAUUGAUGUUUCAGUUUAUCGGGUGUCGGCACCUAAAUGGAAAGGCUACAGCUGAAUCAAUUUCGAGUUUGCUCUGCGGAAUACUUGAGGGAGUGAGUGUUCCUCCCUACCAAAUAUCCAGAGCAGUCACUGACGCCGGAACCAACGUACUAGCCGCGUGCAGAGCCCAGAAGUGGACACAGUGAGUAUUCAACCAAGCGUCUCGUAAAAACGAUAACUUUCCAGUACGCCCUGCUUGUGCCAUAGACUGUCUCUUUGUUUCAAGGACGUCUUUGCCGGCGCCACAGGCCACUUGGCGAGCGCCGUAGAGAAAUCACAAAAAACUGCUUCAACACUGAGCCGAAGUCCCAUAAUCCGAGAUAAAUUCCGGGCGUAACAUUUUCUGUUUCUUUAAAAGCCGAUCCUGCUCAUUCCAGGAUUUCAAUAGCAUUACAAAUGCCGGUGAAAGUUCCGAAAAGUUAUUCGCCGACCCGAUGGGGUGGAGCCUAUCUUCUUUUGAAAGAUUACAUUUCAUGUGUAAGGAGAUUCACAUCCACCUGCGAUCAAAAGUAUAUUUUCCAGGAGAAUGUUCUUCGCAGUGUCCCCGAGCUGGCGCUCUUCGUUCCCAAUCCAAACGAACUGACGAUAAGCGCCCAGUGCAUUUCCCUUCUGGACGAGCUCUACGGGACCAUGACUAUUGUGAAUUUUCUGACCUUUCCGUUUAGAACUGUACAUUUCCAGUUCGAGGGCGAUAGCUCCACAGCCUCCAGUAUCAUCCCAAAUCUUGUCGCGAUGGAGAAGCACCUCGAUAACCACGCACACGUCGGUACACAAAUUGGAAAGUCGAUUAAGUCGUUCUAUCAGAAAAGGUAUUCAAAUCCACGGUCUCCAGAGCUGACAAUGGGCGCAAGUGCGCCCCUCCAAAUAGAGCGAUACAUUGGCGCGAAAUUAAAAUUUUAACAGCAAGUUUUGUGUUUUCUGCCAGAUUAGCCACGAAAAACCGAUAAGCUGAAACUGCGUGAAUUUCAGUUGCUUUCCGGUAAUUUUAGCGGUUCGAGCGCUCAAAACGCUUGUAUUUACGUGAUUUAUCAUUCUCAAAACCAAUUCUGUCUGAAAACGGUCAAGAAAGCGCAAAAUGAGAAGUGCGGUUUUUAGGCGGCGAUCGGCGGCGAAGGCGAAAAAGCGAAAUCCGCGAAAAAUGCGCCAAAACGUCAUUAAUUCUGAGAAUUAGUGUGUUUUCAUGUCGAACAAUAAUUUUUCAUCGCCGUUGACCACAAAAAUCAUAGAAAACCUGCUCAAUUCAUAAAAACGCCAUUUGGCCGAGGCCACGCCCAUAUUGUCAGCUCUGGAGACUGUGAAAUCUGAGCAAUUUCAAAUUGAACGCUGUUCAGAACUGCCGAUCUCAUCGCGUCAGUUGAUUUACAAGUGUUGUGCCUGUCCGAUUCGAGGUUCGCAUUUCACGAAGGAAUCCUUCCCACUGCCACCUGGAAUGUUAUUGAGAAGCUUUUUAUAGAUAUUCACACAGGUUUGUCUUGAAGAUAUUGGUUCGGAUAACAGAUAUUCAGUUUCUGCUCAAUUGGCUGACAGCUCGACGCCCUCGGUGUCAGACUCGCCACCCGUUCCAAAGAGAAGUCGCCUUUCUGCUCUAGACAGUCUCAUGAAUCCCGACGUCAACAGUUCUGCAGUGAACGUAUCGCUGAAAGUGAAUUUCUAUUUAUUACGGCUCUUUUAAUGUAGAUUUACAGACGGAGAUGAUGAAGUACAGAACGGGAGUUCAAUUGGCUCGGCCAACGUCAUCUUCCGAUCCGCUUCUUUUUUGGAAGACGCACAAAAAGGAAUAUCCGCUACUCUCGUCGAUCAGCAGAAACUUGUUGGCCGUGCCAAGCAGCUCAGCAGCCACAGAACGGCUAUUCUCGUACGUUUUUGUUAUUUAGAACGCAAAUAAAUGGAGUCUUUUCCAGAUCCGCGACAUACUUAACCAAUAAUCAAAAACGCAAUCGGAUGAAGUCGGCUACACUGGACGCUAUCUUGCAGGUGAUGGCUAAUUCAAACUUGCUAAAGUAAGCGUUUCUAACCGUUAUAAUCCAGUUAAAAUCUUUUAAUUUUCAGCGUCAAUUCCAAAAUGUUCACGCAGAACGAAGAAAGUAUCGACGAUGAAGAAGACGUGGAAACUGAGCGGACAACAGAUAACACUUCCAGCUCCUUGAGUCCGGCGGAUCCCUCGAACCAGCCAGGUCCUUCGAGCCAGCCUUGUCCUUCGAGCCCGGUGAAUCCCGCGAACCAGCCAGGUCCAUCGAGCCAGCCAGGUCCUUCGAGCCAGCCGGGGACAUCGAAACUGCGCCUCCGUACAAAUGUACAUAAGAAGUUGCCGAAGUCAACAAAACCGAUGCCUCCGAAAACGAAGAAAAGUGUGCCAACUCCUCUUCCAGAUGUGAACAGCGACGACUCUCUAGAAUUUCCCUAAUUUUAUCGUGUACCAUUUCAAUCCUAUUCAGUUCUUCCCUAUGAAAGCCUUAUGAAAUAUUCCCGUUCAAUGUUCCCUCUUGUUCGUUAUAAAAUGUUAACUGCUUCGUCAUCAAUUUCGAAACGUUCGACGAAAUCCCUCAAUUUGGUCAAUUCUGAACGAAUCUGCUCCGUUUCGCGCUUAAAUCGAUGCUUUUAACUCAGACAAUCGCCCUACGGUUCGCAAAGAACAAAAUUUGAGUGUUUAUUAAGAGAAAAACGAAAGAAUUCCGGUUUUCAAUUGAAAAAAGAAAAAAAGACAACUCGCUUGCGCAUUGGAAUGCUGGAAAAAGAUUUUGUUCUUUCCCUCUAUUCCAAAACCCGGUUCGUUCGUUCGGCCCACCUAUGUGGCUGAAUAAGACAGUGGACACUGUACGCGGUGUACUUUUUUAUUGCAAAUGUAUCAGAAAAUAUGCAUUGGAUACGUGUAUUUUCUGCGAAGAAAUGGAAGUACUCUUUCAAAAAUGAAAUGAACUUUCUAAUCGAACGAGACACCGAGACACCGAGAAAAGAACGAGACAUUUUGGAGGUGCGAGAAAGGGCGAGACGAGAAAGGGCGAGACGGCGAGACGACCGAGAAAGGGCGAGACGAGAAAGGGCGAGACGGCGAGACGACCGAGAAAGGGCGAGACGAGAAAGGGCGAGACGGCGAGACGACCGAGAAAGGGCGAGACGAGACAGGGCGAGACGGCGAGACGACCGAGAAAGGGCGAGACGAGACAGGGCGAGACGGCGAGACGACCGAGACACGGCGAGACGAGAAAGGGCGAGACGGCGAGACGACCGAGACACGGCGAGACGAGACAGGGCGAGACGGCGAGACGACCGAGAAAGGGCGAGACGAGAAAGGGCGAGACCGAGACAGAACCGAGACACGGCGAGACGAGAAAGGGCGAGACCGAGACAGAACCGAGACACGGCGAGACGAGAAAGGGCGAGACCGAGACAGAACCGAGACACGGCGAGACCGAGAUGAUAAUGGAACGAGACGAGACCGAGACGAGAAAAAACCGAGACGAAACAAGGGCGAGACACCGAGAUUUUUCAAAAAUUUCUCGCCGAGACGACACACUAGUCUGUAGCAUUUUUUUUUGCGAAAAAGCUUGCAUUUUUCAAAGAACAUUUACAGUACAACCUGCCGGCCAGUGAAGAAUUUCAAGCGAUGAGCUCACUCGAACGAAUGACGUUUUCGCUGAUGAAAAUGCGAUGUGCACAGUCGAAAACUCCCGAAUUCGCCACAUUUAUGGUUUUCGAUGAUUAUGUAACGUUUUGGGAGAUGUACAUGACAAAAGCAGCCGAAUGGCUUAUGCAUUGUGAAGAGUUCCGACAGUUGCCGGGUCAUGAAAAGGUGGGAAGAGUUCUGGAGCGUUGUACGGGUGUCUAGCAAACUUUUUCAAAAAGUUCACAUCUAGUACACUUUUUUUGCAGUUGGUCACUUUUUUCUACGACCAAUGCCCGGGUUACUGUAGCUCGUUGAAGUUAGUACAUGCGAUUGUCUAUUGUUAACUUCGAAGAGAUACAGCGACCCGGUAAGUGGUUUUAGAAAAAAGUGGUCAACUGCAAAAAUAUAGUUCAAAGUGUGACGAUGAUUUUUGUAAUUGACAACUUUUUUAUACGCCUACGUAGUCGGCUACUGUAGCUCUUGAAAGUUACAGUACCUAAUAGCUUAAGAAAUUCACAGUGCUAACUUCCAAGAGUCACAAUACUCUAGGGAAUAAUUGUAGGAAAAAGUGGUCAAUUACAAAAAUACUUUUCACAAUUUGAACUUUAUCUUUGUAGUUGAUAACUUGUUUCUACGACAACUUCCCGGGUUACUGUAGCGCUAGGAAGUUGACAAUAACCAAAAGGGUAUUCUGACUUUAACAAGCUACAGUAACCCAGAAAAUGGUCGUAAAAGAAAGUGUUCAACUACAAAAAUACAGUACUAGAUGUCAAGUUUUUACAAGAAUAAUCUGAAACACACAGGACGUUUCGCAACUGUACAAUACUCGUUGCAGCUGGCAUUCUUCAAAAUCGUGUGGGCGGUGUGGCGACGUGUCGAGAGGAAUUCAAUGAGUGCAGAGGUUUUCGGGCAAAAAUGCUACGACGAGAAGAUUUUGCUGAUUUCGGAUGACGUGGCAACGCGUCUGGAAGAGUUUCGGCUCGAUGUGUCCGACAUUUGUGAGACUGGAUUUGACAAGUACAACAGGUACUCGAAACGUUUGGAUAGCAAUGUAUUUCAAAGCAGAAUGAUGCGAAAAAACCUGCGAGAAUACUUCGAGGGCGUCGUGCGACCGUGUCUCGAGUGGAAGUUCAGCCCGAUCGAGAUCUCGUUCGCCAUCAGUCAGAUCGUGUGGAGCUACGCGGGUCGCAAGCUGCUCGGACAGACUCUCGCGGCCGGCGAACUGUUUUUGGAGCGGAUAUCCAACGAUCUACACGAAUACUAUCGACGACGACACAUUCACAACUACGCGCCGAGGUUGGCCGGCAUUAUGACGAUGGUCACCAGUGUUUUGGUAUGUUUUUGCUAUUGUUCUCUCAGAAAAUUGAUUAAAAAUCGUACUUGUGUUACGCGUGGUCGAUGCACCAUGUAGUGGUCGAUGCACCAUGUAGUGGUCGAUGCACCAUGUAGUGGUCGAUGCACCAUGCGGCGAAAUUCGGUCCGCCAUGGUUUUAGUACUAAAAUGUCAAGUGUUGAGUUUGAAACUUACGAUUUUUCCAGAAAAUCCAGGCGAAUCACGAGAAAGUGAUGGAAAUGGCGUUUCUAUUCGACAUGUUCAGCGUCGUCAUCUCGGAGCCCUCGUUCUUCAGUGUCUGA